GCCAGUAUUUGCAACGCGGCAGCCCAAAAAAAAUUAAAGAGAGCCGUGAAAAAUUUGAUUGGCCAUUUGGGUCGUCCUUUUGGAAAAUGUCGACGUCAGCAUCUCCAGGCGCCUUUUGUUUACGAGAGCUAGCAAGUUUCGUUCCUUUGUAAAGUUUUCCAGUAUGGCGUCCCAGCUCACCCGUAUGGCCUUUGCAGCCCCCAAGAUGGCUCGCAGCUAUGCUACCGCCCCUCACAUCAAGGCUCCUUUGACUUUGUUCGGAUUGGACGGUCGUUAUGCCACAGCUCUUUACACUGCUGCUGCUAAGGAGAAUGUUCUCGAUACCGUUGAGAAGGAACUCAAGCAAGUCUCAAGCGUUGUUGCCAAGGACAAGAGCGUCCAAACUCUUCUCGAGAACCCUACCCUCAACCGCUCCACCAAGAAGCAAGGUGUUCAGCAACUCAUGAAGUCUGGAAAGUACUCUAAGAUCACCUCCAACCUUUUCGAGACUCUCGCUGAGAACGGUCGUCUUGCCGAGACCCAAAAGGUCAUCGCUGCCUACCAAGAGCUCAUGAGCGCUCACAGAAACGAGCUCAACGUUGUCAUUACAUCCGCCAAGGAACUCGACAAGGCCACUCUCAACAAGGUUGCUGAUGCUCUUAGCAAGGGUACCGUUGCUGAAGGCAAGAAGUUGAUUAUCACCAACAAGGUUAAGCCCGCCAUUCUCGGUGGUUUGACUGUUGAAUUCGGUGACAAGACCAUUGACCUCUCUGUCGCCAGCAAGGUUACCAAGCUUAACAAGCUCAUCUCUGAGAAUGUGUUUAUGCUGUGGAACUCUUAGACAGACAAUUGUUUUUGUUACCGCGCAAUUCUGUGUUAAUAGAAAAAGAUUUACUUUGCACUUAUGAUUGAAAGUUUUUGUUUUGUUUCCAGUGACUUUUAAUUAUAUGGAGUUUGGUAGAAUA